AUGUCACCAUAUCGACUGAUUUUCGGGAAGGCAUGCCACUUACCUCUUGAGAUAGAACACCAUGCUUAUUGGGCAAUGAAGAAAUUGAAUUUGGAUUUAAAGGCUGCGAGUGAAAAAUGUUUAUUACAACUUAACGAGCUGGAUGAGCUCAGAAUGGAGACCUACGAAAAUUCAAGACUUUACAAAGAACGCACCAAGAAAUGGUAUGAUAUGCAUAUUCAGAUGCGUGAAUUUAAGGGGGGGCAAAAGGUGCUACUCUACAACUCUAGGCCUAAGCUGUUUCCAGGAAAGCUGCGAUCAAAAUGGUCUGGUCCCUAUACUAUUAUACAGGUAUUUUCACAUGGGGCAGUUGAAAUCACUCAUGACAGUAAGGAGACAUUCAAGGUCAAUGGACAGCGUUUGAAGCACUAUUGGGGCGGCGAUUUCUCAAAGGACAAGUCUACCAUUCAUCUCAGACCACCAGAAUGA